GAUUUUCCCUACAUUUACCUUUUGUUAAUAUUGUACGACAUACGGUCCAGUCCAAAAACUUUGGGACUGGACAGUAUGCACAAUUUAGGCCGAAAUCUCCUACUACAUGACCGUAGGUGUAGUUUGUGACACCAGGGUUUCGAGCCAGAUGUGCCUACUAGGACCUGUUGUGGCGCCGCCCACCGUCCGCUCUAUCCGAGAUGCUUUGUGAGAAAUAAUAGGCCUGGUGUCAGGAGAGGGCGUGUGUGCCUGGGUUGUAUCUGGAGUCGGUAACGAGUUUGCAGCGCUUACUUUUCUUACGUUGUAACUAAAUAUCGAGCGAAGGACUGAAGCCGCUCUCUUAAUGGCUGCGAUCAGGGGUUUUCGCACAGAGCAGCCGCGCACCGUGUCCUAACGUGUAGGCCGGAAGCCCGUGGUGGAACUUCCUCCAGGCGCCAAAGUAUCGCCUAAUCCCGCCGGGAGCUGCGAGCGUCAGUGCGACCAUGAAGAGAGUACGCACAGAGCAAAUUCAGUUGGCUGUGACCUGCUAUCUCAAACGCCGCCAUUACAUAGAUGUAGAUGGAUCUCUAAAGCAAGGGCUUCGGCUUUGCCAGACUGCAGAGGAAAUGGCAACUAAUUUAACCGUACAAGCAGAGUCUAGCUGUUCAAAUAUUGUAUCUUCCGCACCAUGUCAAGUAGAACCACAACAAUACGAACUGCAGUUUGCUCGACUUCGGAAUUUUCUUUCAGAAGAGGAUUCUCCUGAAAACAAAGAUGUGGCUUCUGUACUCUACCCUUUAUUUGUUUACCUCCAUCUGGACAUGGUACAGAAUUGUCUAAAAAGUAUGGUGGAUAGCUUCUACAGUCGUUUCCAUGGAAUGUUUCUUCAGAAUCCAGCACAAAGAGACAUAAUUGAACAGCUUCAGACAACAAUGACAAUGCAAGAUAUACACUCCAACUUAAAGUUGCAAGCUUUCCUAGAUAACAAAUAUGUUGUUCGCCUUCAGGAAGACAGCUAUAAUUAUCUUCUUCGCUAUCUACAAAGCAAUAACAACAUUGCCCUUCUUAAGGCUUUGACAUUACAUAUCCAUUUAGAUGUUGAGCCUGUGAAGAGAACGGAGUACCAACUAUAUGCAAGUACUGGUUUUUCUUCAAGAGGAGGCAACAGUAAUCUUGAGCCACAGGAUGCACCUGCUCCAAUCCUCCAAAAUGAGACAGCCCUUGAGCAGUUACAGGACUGUAUAAAAAGAGUUAAAGAUGGGCCACCUUCUCUUACAACAGUGUGUUUUUAUGCAUUUUACAACACUGAAAAUGUGUUAAACGCUGCUGAUAUUUCCCCUAAUGGCAAACUCCUUGUUGCUGGAUUUGAUAACUCUUCUGUAAAAUUGUGGAGCCUGAGGAAAAAAAAACUUAUAACCGAACCGAACCCUGUAGAUGUUUCAUGCAUACGACUUGCUGGUGAUAUACUAGAAGAGGAUGGACUUGCUGACCAGGCAGGAACUGAAAUGAAGAUACUAAGAGGCCACUGUGGACCAGUUUAUAGUACACGUUUCCUGUCAAACAGUGCAGGCCUUUUGUCAUGCUCUGAAGAUGCUUCAAUUCGUUACUGGGAUUUGAACAGUUUUACUAACACAGUCCUUUAUGAAGGUCAUGCAUACCCAAUAUGGGAUCUAGAUGUUAGCUCUUGUAGUUUGUUUUUUGCGAGUGGCUCCCAUGAUCGUACAGCCAGACUUUGGUCAUUUGACCGGACAUUUCCUCUCCGGAUAUAUUCUGGACAUUUAGCAGAUGUGGACUGUGUAAACUUCCAUCCUAAUUCCAAUUACCUUGCUACAGGAUCUUCAGACAAAACUGUUCGUUUGUGGAGCAGUCAGCAGGGAAAUUCUGUGAGGCUUUUUACUGGUCACCGAGGUCCUGUACUUGCUCUUGCUUUUUCCCCUAAUGGGAGGUACUUGGCUUCUGCUGGGGAGGACCAUCGACUUAAACUAUGGGAUUUGGCAUCAGGUACUCUUUACAAGGAACUGAGAGGGCAUACUGAUAAUGUCAACAGUCUUUCCUUUAGCCCAGAUAGUACCUUAAUUGCCUCUGCUUCAAUGGACAACUCUGUUCGUUUAUGGGAUAUUAGAAAUACAUAUUGCAAUGCUCUUUCUGAUGGCUCGUCCAGUGAAUUAGUUGGUGUAUACACAGGGCAGACAAAUAAUCUUUUAAGUGUACAGUUUAUGGCUUGUAAUCUUCUUAUGGUAAUUGGGACAGCACAGGGUCAUCAGGAACAUUAGUUUAUUUUAAGUUGUAAAGUGUGUAUUUUUUUUUACCCUUAAGGUAAAGGAUCAUUUCCAAUUAAAAAAAAAGUGUGUAUAUUUUAGUAGUAAUGCUAGCCCUACGAUAAUCAGGAAGUUUUAGUUACACAUGUAGAUCAAACUGUAUUUGCCACUUAAAGGGAUUGAUCAGCUGAUCCCUCUUUGGCUGUGUUCACACGGCAGAAUAUCAUUGCGAAAUUCUGCAGGAUAUUCUUAAAAAUUCAGCUGCAGCAGAUUCCCAUUGAUUUCAAUGGGAUUCUGCUGCAAUGUGAACGCAAUGGAAUUUCUGUGGCAGAAACAUGCCGCAGAAAUGCUGAUUCUGGCGUCCUCAGAAAGAAAAGACAUUUCUAUUUUUUCUGCAAAUUCUGAUCCAAAAUGCAUUGCGGUUUACGAGACAGCACAUUUCCAAGCCUUAGCUCCCGCUGGAACAUUCAAAUGUGCCGAUUGUCUGCCUGUGUUUUCCUGGCAGAUAUUCCAUGCAUUUUCAGUUAUGUGAACAUGGCCUUAGUGUGUUUCCAACCCUUGUUAAUUGACUAAUUGUUAAUUGUCACCAGUCUGUCUUAAAGCUGCUUUCCGUUCUUGCCCAUGUCCAAGUGGGGUAAUCUUCUAUGCUGAUAACAUGCCCUGCAGGAAACAUUUAGACAUGGUUUGUCAUGAGAAAAUGUUAUAACUGUAGGGCUACACGACACAACAAACACAGCUCAGGGAGUCUAGGCUUGGUGUCUAUGAAAUGUACCAGAUUUUUUUCCUUAUAUAAAAUAGUGAUGCCUUUCAAAUAAAUGAAAGGGUUUAUUUUUGUUUACCAACAGCCUCCUCUUUCCUUGUGAGUAGGCUUUCUUAACAAUUGAGAACCCUAAGUACUGAAAAAAAUACUUUAGUUACUUGAUAGAAGAGGAGGAGGGGUAAGCUUCCCUAAAUAUGAAAUUAGUGUAAAAAAAUAAAUUUUAAAAAAGAGGAAAAACAGGUUGGCCAUAUGCUGAUUAGACAAAGUCUGGCAGAGAUGCAUUAAAAAAACUGCUGCAAAACUUGCCUGAAAAAUCUGCCCCAGUUUUUGCUGACUGUUUCACCCUUUGGAAUUUUGCCACAGCUUUAAGGCUGUAUGAUGCAAAGUACAGUUCUCCUAGAACUGUGUCCAUUGUAUCCACCUUUUCCAGCCCACCGGAGCACCUGACAGCUGAACUAACUUAUGCAGGCUAAAGUCAGCAACUGCCGAGCCGCCAAGUUCGUGACAAAUCGAAUCACUGUAAGUUCGCUCAUCUCUAUUCCAGAGCAUAUACUGUAGAGCAUGCUGAAGAUUUGAAAAUACAUAUUCUGUCUAAAAUCUGCUGUAUACACUUUCAUUGACGUCUGCUUUAGAUUAUUGUGCGCAAUUUCUUAGUAAAUAGUGGUUUUUCAAAAUAAGCUUAGACAAAUGUCUUGGUCUGACUAUUGGUCUUAUGAAUUGAACUGGUCAUUAGACCCAUGAUCAAGCUUUAAUAGGACACAAAAAUGUGACUGUUAGGCCGGGUUUACACUAGGGAAUAUCCGACUGGAAUUCCUUUUUGUUUUGAAAUUCCACUCGGAAAUUCUGGUGCAGCAGAAUCUCAUUGCUGGCAAUGGAAUUCUGCUGCACAGUGCACACUGCAGAGUUUUAGAGACUGACCUUCUGCCUGGAAAGUCCGCUCAAACUUCCAGAACAUUGGACUUGUUCAAUGUUCUGAUGGAUUUCCGCUCUGCAGACAUUGCCGUCUAUGGGCAGUUGACACUGGCAGCACUUGGAAUCUCCAGACAGAUUUUAUUUCUGGCCGGAAAUUCUGAACUUUGAACACAGCCUUACUAUUGUCUAAAACUAGGUAAUGCAUGCAGUAUGGCAACUCUGCUGAUUAGCAGGGAAAGUGCUAAAACCAUCUGAUAUUGAUGGCCUAUCCUGAAAAAUCUCUAAAGGGGUACCCCACCCCUAGACAUGUUAUUCCCUAUCCAAAGGAUAGGGGAUAACAUGUCUGAUUGCUGGGGUCUGGCCGAUUGGACCACAGCGAUUUCUGGGCCUUCGCUGCGGUAUUACGGUCACCGAAGCCUUGUCACGCCCCCUCCAUUCAUAUCUAUGGGAGGAGGUAUGACAGCUAGUACAUAGCCAUCACGCCUCCUCCCAUAGACCUGAAUCGAGGGGCAGCUGUUGAUCGCCAGCCAUCCAACAUGGAGCGGAGUUUGCUCUGUGCACCGGAUGACUGGAGUGCUGCGGCAGAGAUGAAGGGGGGUCCCCAGCACCCGGAUUCCCGCAAUCAGACAUGUUAUCCAUUAUCCUUUGAAUAAGGAAUAACCGGUCUAGCAGCGGAGUAUGCCUUUAAAGGGGUUAUCCUGGCAGAGAAACACAGAGCUAAUUUCUUCCAAAAAUAGCACCACCCUGUCUCCAAUAAAAUUGAGCUGCAUUACCACACACAACCUGAGAACAGAGGUUGGAAGAAAUUAGCCCUAUGUUUCUAUCCCUGGAUAACCCAUCUUAAGCUGCUGAUCCACUUUACCACUAUGUUAAAGCACUAUUGGUUACUUACAGACCUGUUCUCAAUGUAUAGGGACGACAUGCAUUACAUUGCUGUAAAAAGGGCGAUUGGGCUUUGUACAUUUUAAUAAUGUAACUGGUUUCAAAUGUUUCAUUUUUUGUGUUUUUUUUUGUAACAUAAAAAAUUCUAAACCGUGAACUUUUUCUACUUGCCUAGUAUUAAUGUUCUAUGCAUAUUUUAGAACAGAUGUCAUUUUUUUUCAGGUUUGUGUCAAGUUGUAUGUGGCUUAAAUGCUAAACCACAUGUAAAAUUGUUGCAAAUAAUUUAUUUACAGUUUGAUAAGAAAAUUAAAUCACCCUGGUGUUAAGAUAUACAUCAGAACUAAAAUAAGGCAAUUUUCCUGAAAUGGAAGAACAUUUUGAAUGUGUGUAAAUAAAAUUUUUCUGUGUAAAAUUGA